GGCUGGCAGCAUUUGACAGCACCUGUCAAAAUAGUCUUGUUAAAAAAAUGGUGUCUUGGAGUGCUCUAGGCCGAUCUUUCGGCAUAAACUUGCUUAAAAACCAGAUUAAAACACCAACUACUAUCCAAAAUGCCACCUUUACAACAAGUAAAGCCUUGAACGGAUCCCAUGGGGCGAAAACUUUUGUCUUACAACCAUCCAGAUGGCAAUGGCACAAGUUCAAGGAUAUGUUCCACUUCUACGCCAUGCUGGGUCUCAUACCGGUUGGGGCGAUCAUCUUCUACACCAACGUGUUCAUCGGGCCGGCGCAGCUGACCCCCAUCCCUGAGGGUUAUGAACCAAAACAUUGGGAGUACCACCGCCACCCAAUCACUAGAUUUAUUGCCCGUUAUAUUCACCAAAACCCGCAGCAGGACUAUGAAAAGUUCAUGCACGCUAUUGACGAGGAGAGGCAGAGGCAGAAGCUGCGUAAGUUGGAACAACAGAUCAUCAAAAAGAUGGCUGAGCGCCAGGACUACCAGGCAUACUAUUAUAAACCUUUGGUCAACAAGUACCACCGCAUUAACAAGAAGACCGGUGAAGAAAUGUACGACCGCAUGGGUGAUGAUUACAAGGAAUAAAUACUAUUAAAUAUUACUAUUAUAGAAAUUUUGCUGACCAUAGUAUACUAGUAAUCAAGUGUAUUGUCACAUAGUUCAGUGUAGAUAAAUAAACUAUUAAUUGUUU